UGGAAGCCUUAAAAACAAGGGAUUUUCCGUACCUAGGCACGUGCCAGGAAGACGGCCAGUGCUUCCGAGACAUAUCAUUUGUGACGUUAUUCGAGCCGUCAUGGAUCCGUCAUCAGUCGGCAAUGUUCGUGGCUUGGAAGGCAAGAGCCGUUGAAAUAAAUUCGGCGCAGCUUGUUUGUAGAAUUACAAUUCAAGAGGAACUGACGGUAAAAUCAGGGACCUGAGUGGACGACGAUUAGUGGUCAACAGAGGUAGGUGUCGAAAAGGAUACCUAUAAAUUUGUUUAUGGACUUCCGGGGGAAAUUGUUCACUUAAUCGGCUUCUUGGAUUGAGGAGAUCAUCGGAUCGAGUCUGUGCAAGCCAUUCUCUGGUGACGAUUGAAGAAUAGUUAAACAAGGAAUACUAAGUUCUGUGCUUAGUGGAAAUUUAAAAGAUCACCAACUAGGAAAAAUGGGUUCUCGUACAGUAGACUUAGAGGAAGGUUCUAAAUCAGCAAGUUCUCCGGACCAAAGGCUAAAAAGUACAUCAGAAAGUAGUUGCCUCUCCAUAGUAGUACUAGGAGCAUCUGGAGACCUUGCUAAAAAAAAGACUUUUCCAGCUCUCUUCAACCUUUAUCACCAGGGAUUUUUACAACCAAAAGAUGUCUACAUUUUUGGAUAUGCUAGAACGCAGCUUUCAGAUGAUGGCUUAAGAGAUCGCAUACGUGGGUACUUGAAGACAGGGAAGGCAGAUUCAGAAAAGGAACCUUCUGAAGUUGUUUCUGAUUUUCUGAGCUUGGUUGCAUAUGUUUCUGGAUCAUAUGAUAGUGAGGAGGGCUUUAUAAACUUGGACAAAAAAAUUACUGAGCAUGAACAUUCAAAGAGUGGGAGUGAGGGGCCUUCUCGAAGACUAUUUUAUCUUGCUUUGCCUCCAUCAGUGUAUCCAAUAGUAUGCAAAAUGAUCCGGAAUUACUGCAUGAAUCAACGUGGUUGGACACGAGUUAUAGUUGAGAAACCAUUUGGAAAGGAUUUAGAUUCAUCAGAGGCAUUGAGUAAUCAGUUGGGGAAGCUGUUCACUGAAGAGCAGAUUUAUCGUAUUGAUCAUUAUCUUGGGAAGGAAUUGGUGCAAAAUUUGCUAGUAGUUCGAUUUGCAAACCGACUCUUUUUGCCUCUUUGGAAUCGUGAUAACAUUGAUAAUGUUCAGAUUGUAUUCAGGGAAGAUUUUGGAGUAGAUGGUCGAGGAGGAUACUUUGAUGAAUAUGGAAUCAUCCGAGAUAUCAUUCAAAAUCAUCUGCUGCAGGUCCUUUGUUUGAUAUCUAUGGAAAAGCCAGUUUCCCUUACACCCGAACACAUAAGGGAUGAAAAAGUCAAGGUCCUUCAAUCAGUUUUACCUAUAAGACCUGAAGAUGUAGUUAUUGGUCAGUAUGAGGGAUAUACAGAAGAUCCAACUGUUAGCAAGGACUCCAAUACUCCAACAUUUGCAACUGUGGUUUUGCGAAUACAUAAUGAACGCUGGGAAGGAGUUCCUUUUAUCCUUAAAGCUGGGAAGGCAUUGAAUUCACGAAAAGCAGAAAUACGUGUUCAGUUCAAGGAUGUUCCUGGUGACAUCUUCAGAUGCAACAAGCAUGGAAGAAAUGAAUUUGUCAUACGACUGCAGCCAUCAGAGGCCAUGUACAUGAAGCUUACGGUAAAGCAGCCAGGACUUGAAAUGUCUACCACACAAAGUGAGUUAGAUCUGUCUUAUAGACAACGCUAUCAAGGCAUUGUUAUUCCUGAGGCAUAUGAGCGGCUAAUACUUGACAC